AAAGGAAGAACGUGUAGACUGACGUCGUUCUUCUCGACGUGAUGUCAUACAGGUACAGCCUGCCUAGAACACAACCUACCUGUUCAUCUGAAGUGAGUAGAUUACAGCAACAAGAUGAGUUCUAGUAAAAAUAAAAAUAAAACAGAAAAUAAGACCGAAAAGGCUAUAGCUGCGGAGAAAGAACAGUUUCACAAAGAACAGCUCCACAGCAUCAGCAAAACCAUCACCUCAAGCGAAUCCCCGCCCAAGGAGAAAUAUGUACGCAACAUCAUCAUGGGGACCCACAAGGAGGCCGGGGCUGCGACCUUCUGGGCCUACAUGCUUAACGUUCCCCUCUCCAGCAAUGCCAUCGUCAGCUGGAAGUUCUGCUUCAUGGUCCACAAGCUCCUUCGCGACGGACACCCCAACUCUGUGAGGGAUUCCAACAGACACAGCAGGAAUGUGAAAGAUAUGGGUGUUCUCUGGGGAAACCUACAUGAUCGAUAUGGACACAUUGUGGCCUUGUCUGCUAAAUUCCUGUGUAAUAAAAUGGAGUUCCAUGCAAAGCACAAAACAAUCCCAGGUAACCUGGAAGCCAGUGAUGACACAGUGGAGAGAGAGGCAGGAAAUGAUGUCAACAAAGUGUUCGACAUGACCCAGGAACUGCUUGAUUACUUGGAUUCCGGCCUCAAGAUGGCCGAAACAGUGUGGCGCCAGCUGGAUGCUAACGGGGCCAAGUGCAGCACCCCCGCUGGGCAGUGCCGCCUGGCGCCCCUCAUCCCUCUCAUCCUGGACUGCAGCUUCCUCUACCACUUCACCGUCAAACUGAUGUUCAAACUGCACAGCCGAGUGAGUCCAGACUCGUUGCUGGGACACCGAGAGCGUUUCCGGGAUCUGUUCAACAGCCUCACCAGGUUCUUCGACCGAGCCAGAGAAAUGGAGUUCUUCAAAAAAGUCAUCCAGAUUCCUGACCUUCCAGACGCUCCUCCCAACUUCCUCCGCGCCGCUGCGCUGGCCGAAUACGUCAAGGCUGUGGCGGUCGUGCCCAAUCAGGAGCCUCCUGAGGAGGAAGAGGCGGAGCCAAUGCCAGACUACAGGGAAGCGCCACAGACUCAGUACUACCUCCUCAGUCAGAUGGGAGCUCCGGACUCGGAGACUGAACCAAGGGAGACAGAGGUGGAAUCUAUGAGGAAGGAACUACAAGCCAUCAAACCAGAGCUGCAGCUCAUCAAAACAGAGGCCCACAGGUGUGUGAGCCACCUGAAGGCCCAGGUGAACUGCCUGGAGGCGGAGCUGGAGGAGCAACGCACCCACAAGCAGAUGGCCCUGGUGGACAACGAGCACCUGCGCAUGGAGGUGCAGGCCCUCCGCAGCACCAACGCCACCAACGCCGGGGCGCAGGUCGGGUACAAGGAGGCGGACGGCAGGGCCCAGGCGGCAGAGAUCCGCUUCUGUCAGCUGAAAGAGAGACACGCUGAGCUGGUCACCGGCCACGCAGAGCUGCUGAAGAAGAAUGCAGACACAGUGAGACUACUGACCAACACCCACCAGAGCCAGGAUGACCUGAUCAGGGCCAAAGACCAGCUGACCAGCCAGGUGGAACACCUCCUUCAGGAGAACAGACUGAGGGCAGAGCAGCAGCAACAGGAGACAGACAGGCUGAACAGGGAGCUGAUGGGUCAGAGAGCAGAGCUGGCUCGCAUGCAAGCCGCCCUGGAGGGCAAAGAGAUGGCGGGCUCCCAGAUGAGUGGUGCCCUGUCCGGGCUGCAGGGAGAGAGAGAGGCACUGCUGCGCUCUGUGAGGGAGCAGGAAGCAGAGCUGUCCUCCCUCAGGCAGCAGAGCAUGCUGCAGCAGAGCUCCCUGGAGCAGGAGAGAGACAGGAGCCGACGGGAGCUGCAGGCUCUCAGGGCCCAGCUACAGCAACAGCUUGCCAUCAAUGCAGAGCAGAGGUUAGAGAUCGAGAGACUGAAGCGAGAGCUGGACCAGAGACGGCUGGAGGUGUCACACGCUAACAGUACCCUGCAGAACACGGACAUGGCGGGCUCCCAGAUGAGUGGUGCCCUGGCCGGGCUGCAGGGAGAGAGAGAGGCACUGCUGCGCUCUGUGAGGGAGCAGGAAGCAGAGCUGUCCUCCCUCAGGCAGCAGAGCAUGCUGCAGCAGAGCUCCCUGGAGCAGGAGAGAGACAGGAGCCGACGGGAGCUGGGCGCCAUGCAUGCACAGCUGCAGCAACAGGCGUGCCGGGAGGGGGAGCUGACCCAGAAGCUGCAGGAGGAACAGUUCUGUCUGCUCCAGUGUGCCGUGGUGGAGGCUGAGGGCAUCAUCCUGGACGCUGUGGCCAAACUGGACGACCCCAUCCACGUGCGCUGCACCAGCUCUCCUGACUACCUGGUGAACCGUGCUGAGGUCACUCUGGGCUCCAUUGACAAGAUGCAGCAGAGCCACAUGUGCUACGUGGGCAACAUGAGUGAUGCCAGUGGUUUGCUGAGAGCUGUGACUCAGUUUUCCCAUCUGGCUGCCGACACCAUCGUCAAUGGAGGAGCCACCUCACACUCCGUGCCCACCGACCAGGCUGACUGUCUGACAGACAGCUGCAGGGACUGUGCCUCUCACUGCCUGCACUUCCUGAAGGAGCUGAAGCUGCAGGCGACGCUGCAGAGAGCGAACCCUGCCGCCACUCGCUGCUCAGUGCAGCGCAUCCUCUCUCUGGGGCAGGAGUUGCGUCCCACAGGCCAGGACGUUCUGCAGGCAGAGCUGGGAGACAUGGUGGAUCAGGAGAUGGCCGCCACCUCCACUGCCAUAGAGGAGGCUGUGCUGCGCAUGGAGGAGAUUAUGAGUCAGGCCCGAAGAGACACAUCUGGUAUAAAACUGGAGGUCAACCAGAGCAUCCUCGGGUCCUGCUCCGACCUGAUGAAGGCCAUUCAUAUGCUGGUGACAUCUGCCACCGACCUGCAGAAGGACAUCGUGGAGGGAGGCAGGGGGGCAGAAUCCAUUAAAGAGUUCUACGCCAAGAACUCUCGAUGGACCGAGGGGCUCAUAUCUGCCUCCAAGGCAGUGGGCUGGGGGGCCACACGGAUGGUGGAUUCAGCCGACAGGGUUGUGACUGACAAAGGCAAAUACGAGGAACUGAUUGUCUGCUCCCAUGAGAUCGCCGCUAGCACCGCCCAACUGGUCGCUGCCUCCAAGGUGAAGGCGGACCGCAACAACAAGAAGCUGCACACUCUGCAGCAGGCCUCGCGACACGUCAACGACAUGGCUGCCGUCGUGGUGACCUCCACCAAACACGGACAGCAGCGGUUCACCGACCGAGGCCCUAUGGACUUCUCCGGCAUCUCACGGAUCAAGCUGAAGACAGAAGAGAUGGAGGCUCAGGUGAAGGUUCUGGAGCUGGAGAACCAGCUGGAGCAGGAACGUGUCCGCUUGGGAGAGCUGAGAAAGAAGCACUACGACCUGGAGGGGCCUGCAACCCCCCCUGGGGAGGAGGGGGAUGCCGACAGCUUCCCGCCCCCUCCCCCUCCCACCCUACUGACGUCAUCCACCCCCCUGCCCCAGGCCUUCACACACAUGCAGCCCUACUUGAAAACACAGCCGCUUCACCAAACCAAUCCUUUCUCACAACCUCAAACACAGUCCUAUGCCCUUUUCCAGCCCCAGGCUAGCACAGCAGACGAGUCCUAUUCCCAGCCCCAGGCUGGCACGCCAAUACAGUCCUAUUCACCAGCCCAGUCCUAUUCCCAGCCCCAGUCUUACACACCGACACAGUCCUACUCACAACCUCAAGCCUACUCACAAUCACAACCCUACCUACCAACCAAGCCCUUCUCUCAAACUCAACCGUACGCUGCAAGCAACAGUCAGUCCUACUUACAGCCACAGUCCUUCUCACGCACCCCGGCCAAGACGCCACCCCAGGACCCCCCAAACGCCACCCCUGAGCAGGCCAAGCCCGCCCCUGAGCCGGCCAAGAGACCCUCCAUCUUCCAGAAGUCUGGGGCUCUGCUGAAGAGUGCGAUCCGAGUCACGCUGAUGUGAUGGAACCUCUGCUGCUUUUGUGCUGUUGCAGUUCAGACGAGGUGAGGCCGGAACUGGGGAAUCCUGAAUCUGGACAUUGGAUAUGGAAUUUUCUAAAUAUCCAACUGAUGGACAAUAUUGCCUGUCUGUAUGAAGUGCCUGCUUGUAAUUUCAUAAGUGUGAUAAAUGAAUCAUUAUCAUCCCUUUUACUCUUUUGAUUUAAAACAUGUUGAAUCUUAUGUCAAUGAAAUUGAGAGAAAUGUAAAUAUAAUUCUUUAAUUUUCACACUUGAGAAGGGUGAUUAUGGCUGUUGAUGAUGAAUAAAAAAUGUAACAUAAAUGUAA